AUGCUCACCCAGCAAGACCUCGCGAUCGAAUCCCUCGGCGACUGCGCCGUCGACUCGCCGCUCGGCGCGACGGGGCGUUCGUCGUUCGUGGACGACGCCGACGGUGUCCUCGUCGAGUCGCGCGUCCGUGCCGAUGCGCCCCCGGCACCGCCCGUCGCCUACCAGCUCGCCGGCCCGCGACGAAAGAUCUUCUUCGAACCCGCGAAGACCACGGCCGCCCUCGUGACCUGCGGCGGGCUCUCGCCCGGGCUGAAUAACGUCAUCCGCUCGGUCGUCCUCGAGCUCGCGCACGCCUACGGCGUGAGGCGAAUCCUCGGGAUCCGCAACGGUUACCGCGGCAUCGAUUCGGACGCCGCAGAGCCGCCGAUCGAGCUGACGCCCCGCGCCGUCGCGGACAUUCAUCACGACGGCGGGACCAUCCUGGCCAGCUCGCGCGGCCCCCAGGACCCGGAGACCGCCGUCGAUUUCCUCGUAUCCCAGGGCGUGGACAUCCUCUUCCCCAUCGGCGGCGACGGCACGCAGCGCGGGGCGCUCGUGCUCCAGCGAGAGAUCGCGCGCCGGGGUCUUCCCAUCGCGGUCGUCGGCAUCCCCAAGACGAUCGACAACGACAUCCCACACGUCGCGCCGAGCUUCGGGUACGCGACGGCCCUGGAGGCCGCGUCGGACUGCAUCCGCGGCGCGCACGUCGAAGCGACCGGUGCGCCCAACGGCGUCGCGCUCGUCAAGCUCAUGGGACGCGACGCGGGGUUCAUCGCCGCCGGCGCCGCCAUCGUGAGCCAGGACGCGAACUUCGUCCUCGUCCCGGAGGUCCCCUUCCCGCUCGAGGGCGAGGGCGGGUUCCUCGAGGCGCUCGAGCGGCGCGUCCGCGAGCGGGGCCACGCCGUCGUGCUCGUCGCGGAGGGCGCCGGCCAGCACCUCUUCGAUUCCGAGAUCGCCGAGACCGACGAAUCGGGCAACAAGCGCCGGUGGGACAUCGGCGUGUUCCUCAAGGAUCGCAUCGCGUCCCAUUUCGCCGCCAGAUCGCUCGAACUCACGCUCAAGUACAUCGACCCCAGCUACCUGAUCCGGAGCUGCCCGGCGAACGCGUGGGACAAGUUCCUCUGCGACCGCAUGGCCCGGGCCGCGGCCCAUGCCGCGAUGGCCGGCAAGACCGGCAUGAUGAUCGGCGCGCGCACCGGUGAGGUCUACCACGUGCCGAUCGCCCUCGUCGGGCGCGGCCCGGCGGUCCGGCUGGAUGUCAACGGCGACGUCUGGAACGCCGCCCUCGCCUCGACCGGCCAGCCCCGCUGGGGUCAGCUCGGGCGCGCGUCCGGUGGCUGA